AUGGCAUCGUUUCUUCGGGACGAGGAGGUACUAAAGGCCAGCAUCAUCGCAGUGCAGGAACCAUGGAAGAAUACCUUUUCCAAUACUACACAUCAACCGGCAUCUGCCUCGUUUCAACUACUAUACCCAAAGACACCAGAAGACGAACCACCAGGGGUAGGCAUGUACAUUUCGAAGAAACUCGAUCCACGGGAAUGGUCCUGCCAGCUAGUGAAUCGCGACUACCAGAUCCUAAAGCUGCGGAAGGCACACCGAGGCGGAGAUUGGACGGAUCUCUUCGUCCACAACGUCUACAAUCGUCCGGGCACAGGGCUACCCUUCAUCCUACGGCAUGAACUGCGUAAGAGACCAUAUGGCGAGCAUGUGGUUAUAGGCGACAUGAAUGUCCACCACCCUCUGUGGGGAGGACCAGGCGCCGAUAUCGAUAGGGAAGCAGAAGAUCUACUAACCGUAAUGGACGAGUUCAAAAUGGACCUACUCACUGAAGAAGGGAAGCCCACGUGGGAGCGAGCAGGGUCGUCAUCGGUCAUCGACCUCACCUUUGUGAGCGAGACACUCACAGAACGCCUAGUUCAGAGCGGACGGGCAGACGAUAUUGAGCACCAAUCUGACCACUACCCAAUACGUACGGUCAUCGAUAUUGAAACACCACUCUUCGAACGGCCUCAAAGAAGAAACUGGGCCGUCACAGAUUCCAAAGCGCUUACGGCAUUCAUCGAAGAACACCUACACACAAGAGACAUGUCAACAGCGGGAAAGAUGCGCAUUGAACUUGAAUGCCAAGCGUUUAUCAGGGUCAUCCGUGCAGCCAUCGAUGCAUCUACCCCAUGGGCUAAGCCCUCCGAAUGGUCGAACCCUGAUUUCACUAUGGAGUGCCGCAUGGCCGUUAAAACAGUCCGCUUCCUCCGUAGGAAAUGGGUCAACACUCGGGAUCCUUAUUACGAGGAGCAAUACAAGAAGGCUCGCAACCAGAAGAACCGGCUUAUCAAAGGCACACUCACGAAAGCGCACCGCCGGCGGGUUCAGCGAGUGAUCGAGAACGGACCGAAGGGGAUGUGGCGACUGGCCAAAUGGGCCCGCAACCGCACAGGAUCGUACGACAGAGGGGUCACACCAACACUGAAGCAGACCAACGGGACAAUAGCGGAAACAGUCGAGGAAAAAUCAGCGGCAUUCCAACAGGCCUUCUUCCCCCAACUGCCAGAUGCUGAUCUGAGUGAUAUCGAUGGAUUUCAGUAUCCGUCAGAGCCUAUCAGAUUCCCAGAGAUCAUGAAACAUGAAAUUCAGGACGCUAUACGGUUAACACCAGCGGAAAAAGCCCCAGGCGAGGACACGAUUCCGAACUCAUUCUGGCACAAAGUGAUUGAAAUACCGGUUGUUCUCAACACACUCCACCAGCUCUACAAUGCAUGUGUACGGGAAGGAUACAACCCCUCCCAUUUUCAACGAUCGAUCACAGUGGUUCUACGGAAGCCAGGGGACCGAGAUUACCAGUUAGCAAAAUCAUAUCGACCAGUUGCGCUCCUAAACACGAUUGCUAAAUUUUUGGAAUCAAUCAUCGCGAGGCGCAUUAGCUACGUGGUAGAGGAGGAAGGCCUCCUCCCAGAAACACACCUCGGCGGCCGAAGGGGCAUAUCAAAGGACCAUGCCAUUCAGAUCAUGAUUGAUCGCAUCCGAACGGCAUGGGGAAAGGGCCAAACGGUCUCGCUUCUAACACUCGAUGUGUCCGGAGCGUACGACUACGUCUCACACAUCCGGCUGAUCCAUAACCUCCAGAAGAGACGGCUUGGCCAGCUCGCACCGUGGACUAGCGCCUUCCUCACUGGCCGUAGCACUCGUAUUCGGAUGCCUGAGGGCAUUUCUGAUCGCAUCCAGACACCAACUGGCAUCCCACAAGGCUCGCCGCUCUCACCGAUCCUUUACCUCCUCUAUAAUGCAGACCUCAUCCAAGACUGCUCGAGCAGAUACAUUACUACCAAUGGUUGGGUAGACGAUACAAGCUUCAUGGCCAUCGGACGACCAGAAGCACAGAACAUCGCCAGGCUUCAAGAGAGGGAGUCAACGGCCUCAACAGAAGGAUCUCGCCGACGGAGACGGCAGAGAUAUCUUGGAUUCUGGCUUGAUGCCGAACUCACGUUCGAACACCACUGCGAGAAGGCUCUGAUCAAGGGAUGCACAUCACUACACGCACUCCGCAGCCUUGCCGGAUCGACUUGGGGAGCAUCUCUCUCUGCGAUGCGACGCAUUUACCAAGCUGUGAUAGUCCCACAAAUACUAUUCGGUGUGGCCGCAUGGUAUACACCCCUCAUGGGCAAAGGCGCAGCAAGAAUAGUUAGCAAGCGUUUCGCUUCGCUCCAAAAACGCGCGGUCUGCCUCAUCGGAGGCGCAUUCAAAACCAGCUCCGCAGAGGCACUAAACGUGGAGAUGUAUCUCCCACCGAUUGGCAUCCAAAUGGACCGAAUUGCCCAAGAAACCGCACUCCGGUUACGCACUGGACCGAUGCAUGCAAUCCCGAAGGCUAUGCUACAACAGCGACCAGAAAGCCAACGUAAGCGGGGAGGAUGGACACCAAUGGAGGUACAGGCCUGGAAGAAGGGCGGAUGCCUCACGGCUCCCCCUGAAGCUGUGGCAGGCGAGUGGGAGAGUCGGAAGGCAUUCGUCCGGGCACCAUGGCAGGUACCACCAGCGGUAUUCAUCGACGACCGAGGAAUAGCAACCCAAAAGCACGCAGAGAUCUAUACUAAGCCACCGGAAGAAGUCCCGCUCAUAAUUUACACGGACGGCAGCGGUAUCGAGGGAAAAGUGGGUGCAGCGGCCCUCGUGAACUCCACGGGAGUAUCCCGUCGGUGCCAUAUGGGUACCGACGAAGUCUCCACAGUAUACUCUGCGGAACUGCGAGGGGCUGAGAUGGCCCUUGAGAUGGCGAAGGAACUCGACAGCGACCGCACACAGAAUGGUGUGGUUAUUUUCUCUGACAGCCAAGCAGCGCUUAAAGCAUUACUCCGACCGCGAAUGCCUUCGGGACAAAUAUACCUCUGCGACUGCAAUACCCUCCUACAGCAACUGAGCAACCAGGGAAUCGACGUAGUAUUCCGAUGGAUUCCAGCGCACGAAGGAAUCGCAGGAAACGAACUAGUCGACAGCUACGCGAAGGAGGCCGCUAAGGGUGAAACCCCAAGCCCUCACGACCGCAACAUUCAACUCGCUUCGGCAGCCAAGCGCAGGAUUCGCACCACCGCGAGGAUCUCAUGGGAGAGAUCAUGGGAGAAGGAGAAGAGCGGCAAGGCGACAAAGCGACUACUCCCAGUCCCGACAAAGAAGGUCCUCGAAUUCUGGAAGGGCCAAAGGAAAGCCUCAGCAUCGAUCAUGAUGCAGAUGCGUCUCAACAUCGUCGGCGUGAACCGCUACCUUUGGAGGAUCAAUAAAGCAGACUCACCAGACUGCUCAUGCCAUCUCGGCCAGCAGACACCGAAACACGUCUUGCUUGAGUGCCCCUUGUACGAGGACGAACGUCGAGAGAUGCGGUAUGCGCUUUCAGAAAAGGGUGUGCCCCCAUCGCUCCCAUUUACCGAACUCAUCCAGCAGAAGCCAGCCGUACCAGCGAUCACGGCCUUUAUAAUGAAAACGAAGCUCCUUGGCCAGUUCCACUUCGUCGACCCGCAAGCGACGGGGGUAGAGGAAGACGCAGAACAGCAAUCAUGA